AUAAACAAUCAAUACUGCUUUAAGGUUUCCAUGGAGGCCAGCCCGACUUAAACAGGCAGGCGAGAAGACUGAUCCACACCGACGCCGCUUCCAGAGACCAAUCUGGUUUUCAUGCACACGAAAUUCAGGCCACGCCUCUAUUUUGCUCAGCAUCAUGUCUUUGUGUCUGAGGUCACCAGACCCCCCCCCUACUGGUCGCAUAAGUAAAGUCUUCAGCAUUAAAAAGGUAAAACCCGCUUUAUAGCAAAGGUGACCACAGAUCCAAGAGAGCAGGGACGAUCGAUGUGGAGCGAGGAAGGGAACGUUUCGCCAGCGCCGCGCUUUUUAUGACAGCUCCCAGUCCAAAUCCAAAUUCUGAUGACGUCUUUAUUGAGGGAGGGGGUGGCAUGUGAACCCCCUCCCUCCUCCAAUGAAGGGAUGUGUGGUCCUUCUGCAAAGCCUGUGUGCAGCACAUUUGCAUUUACAUUCCCACUGCUGGCGCCUGAAACAGGAGGCUUUUUUCCCCGAGCGCUGUGAAAAAGUGGAAACAAAGGCGUUGGUUGGAGGAGGCCCGUCAAACACUCCCUGCCUGUCCCUCUCCCAGACUGGAAUUAAAUACUCUUCAUUCCAUCCUCAUUCAUUAGCUCCACGCCCACAACCUCAGCGCCAUAUGGGGCCAUGAAAUGCCUCCUGCACACACAAAAUGAAGGAGGUGGCGGAAUGAUAGCCAAGACUGUUUACUAAUACUGCUGCUCACUCUGCUUUUAUUACAAAGCGCCAGGCUUUCCAUUACAGCAAACCGAGGGAAACGAAGACGAAGAAGAGGAGAACAGAAGGCAGAGAGGAGGAGGGAGACUGCCAACAUCGGAUUAAAAGAUGAGGAAGGAAGAAAACAGUGGCUGGGUUGAUUUACACCUUCAUUACUUUCCCCUAACUGUGCUUAUUGCAAAUCAUGAUGCUGCUUUAUGAGCUGAAUCCCCAAUUACGACAAAGCCAGGAAGACGGGGCUUCAGUCCAGAAGGGAGGCGUACAGUAACCAUGCUGUCCCCCCCGUCGCAUCUGCACAGCCCCCCCCCCCUGCAGGAAGAUCCCCAUUUAUGAAGAACGUUGGUUUAAAAGUUGGAAUCGAACACAGAAAGAUCAGGAAGUUACUGAUCUACAGAGUGCAAUCAGUUUCUUACACAGCCUCCGAGUGUGGCGAAGGGCCGAGGCGUGCAGGUGAGAGUCAGAGGCGUGCAGGUGAGAGUCAGAGGCGUGCAGGUGAGAGUCAGAGGCGUGCAGGUGAGAGUCAGAGGCGUGCAGGUGAGAGUCAGAGGCGUGCAGGUGAGAGUCAGAGGCGUGCAGGUGAGAGUCAGAGGCGUGCAGGUGAGAGUCAGAGGCCUGCAGGUGAGUGUCAGAGGCCUGCAGGUGAGUGUCAGAGGCGUGCAGGUGAGAGUCAGAGGCGUGCAGGUGAGUGUCAGAGGCGUGCAGGUGAGAGUCAGAGGCGUGCAGGUGAGUGUCAGAGGCGUGCAGGUGAGAGUCAGAGGCGUGCAGGUGAGUGUCAGAGGCGUGCAGGUGAGAGUCAGAGGCGUGCAGGUGAGAGUCAGAGGCGUGCAGGUGAGAGUCAGAGGCGUGCAGGUGAGUGUCAGAGGCGUGCAGGUGAGUGUCAGAGGCGUGCAGGUGAGAGUCAGAGGCCUGCAGGUGAGUGUCAGAGGCGUGCAGGUGAGUGUCAGAGGCGUGCAGGUGAGUGUCAGAGGCGUGCAGGUGAGAGUCAGAGGCGUGCAGGUGAGAGUCAGAGGCGUGCAGGUGAGAGUCAGAGGCGUGCAGGUGAGAGUCAGAGGCGUGCAGGUGAGAGUCAGAGGCGUGCAGGUGAGAGUCAGAGGCCUGCAGGUGAGUGUCAGAGGCCUGCAGGUGAGUGUCAGAGGCGUGCAGGUGAGAGUCAGAGGCGUGCAGGUGAGUGUCAGAGGCGUGCAGGUGAGAGUCAGAGGCGUGCAGGUGAGUGUCAGAGGCGUGCAGGUGAGAGUCAGAGGCGUGCAGGUGAGUGUCAGAGGCGUGCAGGUGAGAGUCAGAGGCGUGCAGGUGAGAGUCAGAGGCGUGCAGGUGAGAGUCAGAGGCGUGCAGGUGAGUGUCAGAGGCGUGCAGGUGAGUGUCAGAGGCGUGCAGGUGAGAGUCAGAGGCCUGCAGGUGAGUGUCAGAGGCGUGCAGGUGAGUGUCAGAGGCGUGCAGGUGAGUGUCAGAGGCGUGCAGGUGAGAGUCAGAGGCGUGCAGGUGAGUGUCAGAGGCGUGCAGGUGAGUGUCAGAGGCGUGCAGGUGAGAGUCAGAGGCGUGCAGGUGAGUGUCAGAGGCGUGCAGGUGAGAGUCAGAGGCGUGCAGGUGAGAGUCAGAGGCGUGCAGGUGAGAGUCAGAGGCGUGCAGGUGAGUGUCAGAGGCGUGCAGGUGAGUGUCAGAGGCGUGCAGGUGAGAGUCAGAGGCCUGCAGGUGAGUGUCAGGGGCGUGCAGGUGAGUGUCAGGGAUGUGCAUGUCAAACGCGGCUGGCAGAACCGUUGACGGAUGCUUCACUGCGGUCUGUUAUGUAUGAGCGUGACAAUCAUCCUGCGAGCGCCUGCUGCUGCAGGUAGACUUCGUGUACCUGACUGCCCUGCUGGCUGCAGCCUCCACCCCACCCACUCUGCUGAGACUCAACCCCUGACCCCUGGAGGGCCAGGAAAUCCUAGGCCACCCUGCAGCUCCAACAUUAACCGCCAUCUUAAAACCCACGCAGAGGUUCAGAGCU